AUGGGAGAACCUGGAGAGAAUGGGCAAGGCUGGGCAGAUACGAGACCAGGGAGGGAAAUAGGAGAUGGGCAUUUGGAUGGUUCUUUGGAAGCUGAGGGCAGCAAGAUUCUGGGGUUGGUGGAAAUGAUAAGUAUGCAAUUUAUAGGUCCCAAGAUCUUGGAAGAAAUUCUCACGAAAAGUCAUUUCCUCUACCACAUGGAACCAGGGAAUGACACCCAAAUUUCAGAAUUUCUUCUUCUGGGAAUAUCAAAUGAACCAGAACUGCAGCCCCUUAUAUUUGGGAUUUUCCUCUCCAUGUACCUGAUCACUGUGUUUGGGAACCUGCUCAUUUUCCUGGCCAUUAUCUCAAACCCUCAUCUCCGCACACCUAUGUACUUCUUCCUCUCCAACCUGUCCUUUGUCGACAUCUGUUUCAUCUCUACCACCAUCCCAAAGAUGUUAUGGAACAUCCAUAUGCAGAGCAAAGGUAUAACAUAUGCAGGCUGCAUCAGCCAAAUAUACUUUUUACUACUCUUUGCAGGGUUGGAUGACUUUCUCCUGACCGUGAUGGCCUAUGAUCGCUUUGUGGCCAUCUGCCGCCCCCUGCACUACACAGUCAUCAUGAACCCCUGGCUCUGUGGUUUGCUAGUUCUGGUGUCCUGGAUAAUGAGUGCCCUGAACUCCUUGAUACAAACCUUAAUGAUAUUGUGGUUGCCCUUCUGUAGAGUCUUGGAAAUCCCUCAUUUUUUCUGUGAACUCAACCAGGUGGUCCGAGGUGCCUGUUGUGACACCUUCCUUAAUGACAUAAUGGUGUUCAUUGCAGCUGGGCUGCUGAGUGGUGGUCCAUUCAUUGGAAUACUUUCCUCAUAUUCUAAGAUAGUUUCUUCAAUACGAGGAAUCUCAUCAACUCAGGGAAAGUAUAAAGCAUUUUCUACCUGUGUCUCUCACCUUUCAGUUGUUGCCUUAUUUUAUGGUACAGUCCUAGGAGUGUAUCUUAACCCUGCUGAUGCCCACAGCUCAUACAACAGCAUAACCACCUCGGUGAUGUACACUGUGGUCACACCCCUGCUGAACCCUUUCAUUUAUAGUCUGCGGAACAAAGACAUAAAGGGGGCUCUUAGACGAUUCAUUGGACUAUAA